AUGGAGCCAGACGUCCCCAUUGCUCGCCGUCUAGACCCGGAGCUAAUAGAUGCAGCGAGCCCACCACCUGCCCAGCUCUCUUCCCAAGCAAAUUCCCUUGGCGAUCAUGAUCAUCUAGCCGUUUCCAGCGCCGCUGUUUAUGCAGACCCCACAGCAAACUGCCUUGUCGGCGCUUCCUCUAGACAGUGGAACACUGCCGUGCAAGAAGAUGCUGCACCUGCUACUCGUAUCCCCUCCAUUCGUAGUGGCACCAUAGUGGAGGGGCACUACGCUUGGGAGCCGUACGAGGAUAAGACGCAGGACCUCAUUCGGAAGGAAUGUAGUCUUCGUCAAAUCAAGCUUAAUACGAAAACGAAGAAGACGGAUCGUAUUACGUGUCUUCGUCCUUUUACAGCAUUUUUUGUGCAAGGCAAGAUGGAUGUACUGUACCUAUGGUACUGGUUGAAGGAGCGACCGGAGGCCCUUAACAGUGCCCGAGGCGGAUUGUUCAAGGAGGACGAAUUCGAUAUACUUUCGUCCUCGACUCCGACACGUGAGCGCAGAAGUGCUACGCCCAGCAAACGCAGUUCAACGAAAAAAGGUCGAGUGAGAGCGUUUCCACGAAACCAACUCCGAACAAGAAGCCCAGAACGAAUUCCGACUCAAUGGACGUGA